ACGUUCCGGCCGCGCAAGCGCAGCCUAUCUGUUGGCGGCGAGAACAGCUGCCGCGACUUUUUCGCACGGCAGAUUGAGCAGUAUGGCCUGCAGUCACUGCUAACGUCGCCAGUGGGUGUGUGCUAUCUGCUGGCGUCGACCAUCCUGGGCUACUGCUCUGAAAACCUGCUUUUCUAUCUGGAGGUUGAGCACUACCGCGCAGCCAAGUUUAGCAGCAACGAGAGGCGCACGCGCUACGCCACGGGCAUUUACAAGGCGUUCAUUUCGAACCGCGCGGCUCUAGAAAUUAACAUUAGCCACGCUGUG